GCCAUUUAUGUGACGACAACAUCCGAAACAAAAAGAAAGUAAACUUCCCUUAAAAAAAUGCUAUUUUGGACAAUGACUUAAUUUGAUAACGUGUUACAGCAGAUAUUUUGUUAAAUGCGACAUAACAUUCAGUGUUUUUCGUGAUCGCAUAUGCUGACAUAUUUGCAUUAUAUGUUCAUACAGUGAAAAAGUACGUAAUAUUUUAUUUCGGAUAAACGAUUCGGAUAGAAAUUAGAAUGGAAAGUGGACGUACACGAGUCACUUAUCAACGUAAUCCAAAUUUCUGUGAAAGGAUCGGUCAGAGUCUUAUCGGAAUUUUGAUUGGCGCUGCCUUACUUCUUCUGGCCUCUGGUGUCAUAUUUUGGAAUGAGGGCAGAGCAGUGCAGACAGCCAAAUCCCUGGAUGAAGGGCUGAGUAUUGUUGUUCCACUGGCCAAUGCACACCUGAUCUCUAGUGAGAAUACAGGAAAGCUGGUUCACCUUACAGGGGAGCUUCACACUCAGCAGGAUCUGGUAGAUGGCACAUACAACAUUCGAGUUAGAGCAGUGAAACUAAAGCGCAUUGUUGAGAUGUACCAGUGGGAGGAACAAGAGACAGAAAAGAAGUAUGACGAAGGGAACGGACAGACAAGAGUGGAGAAGAGUUACUCCUACAGCAAAGUUUGGAAGUCUAAUGUGAUACACAGCAAUGGCUUCGAUGACUCCUUUAACCAUAGAAAUCCAAGUGAAAUGCCUGUGCGUGAGGCCUCUUUCAAUACAGAUGUCAAUGUUGGAGAAUUCCUUCUCUCAGACGGUCUGACAGGGCAGAUCAACAACUUUCGGCCAGUUACUCUGUCACCUAGCAACACCCAUGUUGAUUCCAGGGUUAAAAUAAAGGACAACUACUUCUAUCACGGCCAAGAUGUCUUAUACCCAGAGAUCGGAGAUGUCCGUGUGAAGUUUGAAUAUGCAGGCCGUAGUGGACCCUCCCUCUUGUUAGGCUCGCCUGAUGAGGUAAGCAUUGUAGCACGGCAGGUGGGAUCAAAAUUGCUUCCUUACCAGACAGUAUCUGGGGAUACAUUAGAGAUGCUCUACUUUGGAAGUCUCUCUGCCAAGGAAAUGUUUGGCCGUGAGAAGAUGCAGAACACGAUGAUGACGUGGGCGCUGCGCAGCAUCGGCUGGCUGAUGAUGUUCAUCGGGUUCUCUUGCCUCACCAGCAUCGUCACCACGCUGGUUGACUGGUUGCCGAUUGUGCGUGACAUCAUUGCGCUGGGCGUGUGUCUGAUGAACAUGAGCCUGUCCGUCUCCCUAUCUCUCACCAUCAUCGCUAUCGGCUGGAUAUUCUACCGCCCUGUCCUGGGCAUAGCCAUCCUUGCAAUGGCUGCCACACCCUUCGUCUUGUCACGGUUCAGGGGAGCUGCACCUCGCUCAAGAGUCGACUAAAUGUUCGGAAAUAAAUUGCAAUGUGCGGAGAAAUUACAUGACAUUAUGUAGCUUUACACUUGUUAAGUUUCCUUGUAGAGUAUUAUUUUUUUCAAUACUAUUGAAGUGUGUAAAAAAUAGAGAUAAAUUCAUGAGCAGGUUUUUUUUCUCAAGGAUGAGUCUUGCGUUAUUGUUUGAGUGUUAAAUUUGUUGCUGUAUUUAAUCUAUGCAAUCUAUUUUUGUAUUCUUAGCAUAAUGAUCUAUAUACAUGUAGUAUUUGUUGUGUUAUUUCUCACAUUUAUUCUAUACAUGUACAAUAAAAAAAAAUUAUUUGUAUUCAGAUGUGAAACAGGCGUGCCUGAUUGUUAAAUUUGAUGCCAUAUUUUAGACAUGAAAAAAUGUGUGGUAUCUAUCAUAAUUAUAAGCAAAUUAAUAAUUAAUCUACAUAGUAUGUGUAAGAUAAUUCACUUUACAAUUUGGUUUAUUUUUGAUAAAUAUUAACAACAUAAUAACCGAUUACCACCAUGUCACAAUCAUACAUGCCAUACAUCCCGGAUUGUCCGUGACAGUCCCGGAAAUGAAGAACUUGUCCCGCUGUCCCGGAAAUCUGUCAAAUGUCCCGGAAUUUACGAAAUCCAUAUAUACAUGUACCUUAUCUUAGGCUUAACUGCACCUCGAAUCUGUGUAUAUCUGCAGCGUCUCCAUGACAAUGCCUACCCAAAUAGGCAGACUACGCUACGUGUCAAAAUCGAUCAAUAAGCAGGGGUCCCAUUACCAUAUCGAUUGUCUCACGUUCGCGGUCAAACCGAAAAGGCGGCAUUGUUUAAUGUGGUUGUUAAUUGACUUUAAUCUACUACGUCAUUAUUUCCCGCUGCGUAAGGGCAAAGGAUAGUUGUUCACACAUCUGAAGUCCAACAUCGCUGAGUAAAAAAUUAAAAGCAGUUUAUGUUCGCACGUUUAACCGACAAAGAAGUUGAGUAAAAAAGGUCUUACACACAGGUCUUAAUAACAAUAACGCAGUGACGUCACAAUCUAUGUUUAGAACGCUUACACUGAAAACUCGUGGCUUGUAUCUAGUAACGGAAGUAGUAAUGUUUUAUUUGACGUUAAUAGAUCAAGUGUAUUUCGGAUAGGCUUCCGAACUUUUGCAAUUAACGAUGCGAAACAAAAAAAAACGUACCAAAAAUGCAUAUGUCUAUAAAUAUCGCUACAUUUUAUACAUGCCCCGGAAAAUCGGAAAAAGUCCCGGACAAUUUAACUCAAUGUCCCGGAAUUGGUCUGAAAAAUUAUGGCAUGUAUGCACAAUAAUGUUUUGUUUUAAUACCAUGGUUUUCCAUCACUGUCAUGUAUAACAUUACAUAUUACUGUGUAAUCAUUUCCUUUUUACAUGACCUUUUGGUAUGUAUACCGUUAUAUAACUUGGUUAAGACUGACGAUGUACUAUGUACAACUCAUAUAUUUCUCUUUUGUUCUGUUCUAUAAUUUAAUUUAGAUUUUAAACAAAAAUCCUGGUAGAUAUAUUUGUAUAUUUGUGAUAGUGAAAAGUUAUAGUCUUGUUACUUAACUAUUUUAUUGCUUGAAUGUAAAGCUUUGUACUUGUGUUUAUAAAUGCACAUGCUUGCAUGUAAUGUAUUGAUUUACAAAUACUCGAACUUAGCUAUUGUGAAAACAAUCAUUACCAAUUUAGUGAUAGAAAUAUGUAUUUCUACAAAUAACUAACUGGGAGUUGAUUUCAAAGGCACCUGAAUGAACCUAUUCCCACUCAGAAGCAAAGUGAAAAUGGCUAUGUGCAAACAGCAUAAAACCAGAAGAGCCUGUGAGUAACUCGCAGUCUGUUCAGGUUUUAUGCUGUUUACUUCUUAUCAGUAUCUAAGGAUUGGAAUUGAAGCCUUUAAAACUUGAAUACAGUAAGAAAGGUCUUAAAUUAAAUUUAACUUUCGGGGGGAGGGUUAAAUGUGAACUGAUCUGUGCCAUAUUUUAUGAAAUUGAAUUAUGUACUGUAUUAUAAUGAUAAUCUAGUCAUUUAACUGGUAUGCAAGAAAAUGUGUGAUGGCAAUCUGCUAUUUGCAGUUGUCAGAGCUCAUAUCCAAUUUCAGAACAAAUAUGUGAACAUUUCAAACAAUACCAUAGAAAUUGUUUUACCUAGGAAGUUAUUUAUUAGUGCUAUAACUGAUUCAAAGUAUAAACCACUUAAAUUGUGAUGUUUAUCUUCAAUCACAUGUCAAAUUAAUCAUUAAAUAAAUUGUAUUAACUGUUAGACUGCUCCUACUAUAAGUAGUUCUCUUUUGUACAAUAAAUUAAUAUUGUGUUUAUAAAAAUUUGUAUAUAAAAUUAAUUGAAUCUAAAA